AGCGCACAACACCAACAACCCCGAUGACAUCGGGUCCAGUGACGUCAGGUUGGCCCCAGACAAGAGUGCGCGGACGCACCACGGGAGCGCGCACAGGCGCGCAGGCUCGAGCUCAUCUUAACAUGAGCGCGGCCACGUCGAUACACACACACACACACACACACAGAGCGGAGCGGCGCUUUGGCUAUAGUAGAAGGUGCUCCACAGCGGAAGAAAUCCAGGCAGGCGCAGACACCUUCGCGCACUGAAGCAUCGGUUUGCGGCGCGGUUGGCGUGGCGGUCGGGACCCGAUCUUUUAAAACCAUGCUGGAUUGACUGCAGAGAGGCAACCCUCAAUCAAUGGCUUAGCUUUGAAAUCGUUUUAAAUUUAUUGGAAAGGAGUGUGAGAUAGAGCGGCGGCGAGAGAGGGGGAGAAGCGGAGGGGAGAGAGCGAGAGAGCGGCGAGAGGGGUGCAAAUAAAGAUCCCUUCAACGAUGGAGCUUACAAUGGAAAACAUUGGAAAUCUGCACGGCGUGCCCCAUUCCCAUCAAACGAACGACUUAAUGAACUCCCCGCACGCGCGCCAGUCGUCUCAUCGGAACUUGGUGCACGGACGGUCAGCCAUGGUGUCCAGCAUGGCCUCGAUAUUGGAGGGAGCGGGGGACUACCGCACGGACCACGCUUUGUCUGGGCCCCUGCAUCCGGCAAUGACCAUGUCGUGCGACUCCGGGAUGAGCAUGAGCAGCACCUACACCACGCUGACGCCGCUGCAGCACCUGCCCCCGAUAUCCACCGUCUCGGAGAAAUUUCACCACCCGCACCCGCACGCUCACCAUCAUCCGGCGCACCAGCGACUCGCGGCCGGGAACGUCAGCGGCAGCUUCACCCUGAUGAGGGACGACCGGAGCCUCGCCUCCAUGAGCAACCUCUACGGGCACUACCCAAAGGACAUGUCCGGCAUGGGGCAGUCUCUGUCCCCGCUGUCCAACGGUCUCGGGUCUUUGCACAGUUCCCAGCAGACUCUCGGUGCCUACGGCCCCGGAGCUCACCUCUCCAACGACAAGAUGAUAUCCUCGGGGGGGUUCGAGUCCCACGCCGCCAUGCUGUCCCGGGACCAGGAGCAUCUGGCCCGGGGACUCGGGGGCCACGGGGCCGGGCUCAUGACAUCUUUGAACGGUAUACACCAUCACAACCAUCCGCACUCUCAGGCAAACGGGUCCAUGAUGUCAGAUCGGGACAGGCAGACGGUGGUGGGAGGCGGGCAGGGAGGUGGGUCGGGGCAGGUGGAGGAGAUAAACACCAAGGAGGUGGCACAGCGAAUAACGGCGGAGCUCAAGCGCUACAGCAUCCCGCAGGCCAUCUUUGCUCAGAGGAUCUUGUGCCGGUCCCAGGGAACUCUGUCCGACCUCCUGCGGAACCCUAAACCGUGGAGUAAACUCAAGUCUGGCCGGGAGACGUUCAGGAGGAUGUGGAAGUGGCUCCAGGAGCCCGAGUUCCAGCGGAUGUCGGCGCUCCGGCUUGCAGCCUGCAAGCGCAAAGAACAGGAGCAACACAAGGACCGCAACACGGCGCCCAAGAAGCAGCGCCUGGUCUUCACCGACCUGCAGCGCCGCACUCUCAUCGCCAUCUUCAAGGAGAACAAGCGCCCAUCCAAGGAAAUGCAGAUCACCAUCUCCCAGCAGCUCGGCCUGGAGCUCAGCACCGUCAGCAACUUCUUCAUGAACGCGCGGCGCCGCUGCGUGGACCGCUGGCACGACGACCACGGCGGCAGCCCCGGGCAGCCGGGCACGUCGGCCACCACUUUCUCCAAGGCCUGAGAGGAGGGGAGGGCCUUCAGGGGGCCGGGGGAACCAGGUUUGUGAUAACCCCACCUGUCCAGGGCCACCUGACUGCGUCCUCUGCCCGUAAAAAAAAAAGAAUCCUUUGUGCCAUGCAAUCACCUCUUUUGUCAGUCAGAAUUUCCAGCUCUCACCUGAAACAAGCCUAAAAAGGUGAAUUGUGAAGUCAGGUCCACUCUGCAUCACUCACACAAGGACAAUCAUUGAUUCUGUCUUUUUUGGGAAGGAAAUCAUUUUUACGGCAUCUGACAAAAGUAAAGCGACACCAAAGAUUUGAGUUUUUUUUUUUUUUUUGGACAGCAUCAAGACACAUUGGCCGGCCUCCUUCACCAAACCCCAAGUAGCCACAGAUUCCUCUUUCCCCCAACUCAACUCACCCCGUGUCUGCCUCUCCAGUCUCUCUCUCUCAUCUCCCCUCCAUGCCGGCGCGCGGAAGCAGCAAAGGGGGGGGCGAAAGAAUGGCAAUAAAUCUGAAAACAGAACAGCACAUAGCCUUAUUAUCCAAGCCCCAUCCCGCACACGCCGGGCCGUCACAAAGAGAACAAACGCAGCCUACGAAAAAAAAAAACAACAACCCGGCUUUCCUAUUCUGCGCCUUUACCAACCCCUCCCCCCCACCUUCUCCCGUAGUCUCCUUCAUUCCUCGGCCGAAGGUAUUCCCUGACGGCCGGCCAUUUCAGAGAGCAGCUCAGCCCGAUCAUACGGCAAACUAAUGAAUUGAAAAAUGAAUCGAUGCAGACAGCGAGAGCGGGGGGCCUUGACCCCUCCUGAAGGUGAAACUCAAGAUGCUCGGCAGGAGUUACUCAGGUCUUCCAGGCCCAGGUCUAUAUAUUUUUUUGCACAGAUGUUGGAGGCCUGUAGGGAGACAUGUCAUUGUUGCUCUCCUGCCUGAGCCUGGAGUCUGUGCUCCUCGGACCAACAGGAGAGGCGGGCGAGAUGUCUGGUCAUGCUCUUUGUUCUGCCGGGAGCUUUUCCUCUGAUCAAUAACUGAGAGUCAAGCGACAAACAACACGUUCGGGCAUCCGGCCAACUACAUUACAGCUGCACAUGAAAAGCAGGACGUAAGAGGAGCACACGGACCCCACAGGAGAUGGGACACAAAAGCCCUCAUAACAGCAGCAGCAGCAGCACAGCUCAAGUCCUGCCUGUGCCGGCAGAGCAACAGUGCCCCCUGCAGCCGAUGAUAGAGACCUGCAUCCAGCCGAGCGAGGGGGGGGGGGGGGGCUCAGAGGGGAGGAGAGGGAGGAAAGAGCCACUAGAUGCUGAGGAGAAGUCACGGCACAACACAUUCAGGGCCUCGCAGCUCUUUGAAGGCAGAUCAAUAGCGAACCAUUAUCCUAUUGUCGUUCCUCACCCAACCAGCACCGGGGAAGCCGGAGGGAGGGGGUGAGGGAGGUUAAACUGAAUGCUGAAAACCCCCAAAAAAGGAUUUAGCAAGGGCAGGGAUUUGUUUAGCCGAUCGGAAUUGUCGCGAAUCCACAGAACAGAGAGCAGAAAUCACACAGACGGGAUGGAGAAGUACAACAGAGGGCAAAGUCACAGACAGGCUUAGUGGGACGGACACAUUCAAAGUUUAAUUCAUGUUAUUUUGGGAGGCUUCAUAUUAUGUCAAAUCAUCCUUCCAUCCCAUCUGUUUGCAAAAACAAAAAAAAGCAGACGCUUUUAACAGAUGCGAUUGGAACCAAAUCUCCUGGUUAUUCCCACACAAGGGUUACCAGUAGCUAACCCAAAGCUAACUACCACACUCAGCUGUCAAAAAGCUACAAUAAUUAGUGCCAAUGCUUACUGCCUUAAUGCGAAUCAGAGAAUAUGGUACUAGGGUUCACACACAGCUACAGUGCGCCCCUCUGAUGACGGGCGGUGUGUGCCAUAGCAACCAACAAUCAGCUUUUAUCUGAAUUAAAAUAUACUUUUUUAGUAAAAAAAUGGAAAAAAAGAAUCAGAUUUUAAGGCAUACAAUAAACAAACCUCAAAUGACGAAGAUACCGCUCUCACACACAAUGUGUUACAAAUGUCUCCAACGCAUAACUGGACACAUUUUGAAGCAGAAGAUCUCUCAUUCUAUCUUUGGUUCUCUACCUCCUCUCUCCCCCUCUUAACCCCUCUGCCCCCCCCCUCUUUCUCUCUUCCUCUCUAUAUUGAUGCGGGUAUUUAAUUAGUACCAUAGACACAAAGUUUCUAUUUCUUGUUACUAUUGUGCUCUGUUGUGCAUAAGUAAGGCACCUUGUUGAUAAAUCAAAAACAAAAAAGGAAGGACUUUUGAAAAAAAAAAAAAAAAAAAAAAAGGGGAUGCCAGGACUGAGGCCAA